AUGCACACGAUGUUUACUUACCGAAAUUCUUUCAAUGAAUUUUUCAGUUCCUUUUUUAUAGCACAGAUCUCAGCAGCAAAAAUGUUCACACUUAAGAAGUUUUUAUGGUUCAUGGAACUAGAAUCGGGUGUUAAUUUAAUUGGAUAUUGUGGAAUAUUUAUGAGCUUGCUCUUAGCCAUUGCAUUUUUGCUGACAAGUGCUUUUAACAUUCAUGAAGUUUUAAAUUAUUUGAGUACGAGAUUUGCGGUUCAUCACAAUUCUGAUUUGCCUGCUCUACAAAUCUUUAUCAUUUUUGUCCUAGUCAUUGCAGCUCUUUUAGUAAAUGUUUAUAUUUCCAUUAGCGUGAUAAGAGGAGUUCAAAGCCAAAAUCAUAAACUUUUUAAGCCUUAUUUAGGCGUGGAGCUUUUGUUCAUUUUUCUCAUUGCACUGGAAGCUUUGACAAGCUUAAAGCUCUUUUACUUGCUACUUACAGUUAUUAAUUGUUAUUUGUGGACAUGUGUUUACUCACUUUAUGAAUCAUAUAAAAUUGACAGCAAGGUCAAAGUGAGAGUUUCAACAAUCAAUCAGAUUGUAAUCGAUAACUAAUUAUGAUUUUAAUUUUAUGAACUUA